AUGGAUUUCGAAGACGAAUUAGAAUAUCAAUUCGAGAGUGGAUCAACAAACCCUCGGCAAGAACAACACUCGGUCCAUGAUGAUGGUAGAGUUUUUGAUUCUGUCGCUAAUGAUGACGAUGAUGAUAGAGUGGACAUAUCCAAGGAACGAUUUGAAGAGGAAGAAGCCCAUUUUGAAUCCGAUGUCAAGCCUCAUCUCGUUGAUAUCAUUCAACAAUUUACAAACUUUAUCGUUUUCAAAGAUGAUGAAGAAUUAUCGUUUGAAGAAAAUACUGAAAUAUAUGCCUCGAAAAGAAAACUUUGUAUAGAAACAAUGCAAGAUUUGCAAGAAAUAUUGAAGGAGGAUAUUACGAAACGAGAAAGAAGAGUAUGGACAUUUAUGAUCGAGUCAAAUGUGUACAAGAACGAACUUUUUUCAUUAUUGGCACAUCAUAGAAAAGAUUUUGAAAUUGUUAGAGAAGUUGUUGACGUGUUGUUGUUGUUGAGUGAGUCACCUGACCAAAACAAUCCUAGAUUUAGAAAAUUUCAAGCUCGAGGAGGUGCAGCUGAAAGACACAGAGCGACUUUCUACUUUGGAAAACAAAUGAAACUAUUACAGAGGUUAAAACAAGGAAUUCUGGAACAAAAAUUCAUUCACUUGAUUGUGUGGUCACUCAUGGAUAAGGAAAAUGAAAUGAACUCCAAACAUGCAUCAAAUAAUGACAAAAAAAGAAGAGGACUAGGUGAUGAGGAGUUAUAUGCCAUGACAAUAUUUAAAUUGUUCAAUAAUUUGCUUUCAAUACCCGACGCUAAGCAUGAACGUGUACUGAAAACUGAAGAGUUACAGACCAGAAUGCAGGAUGUCUUUAUUAAGCAACUCCAAAACGACUGUCAAUUUUUAGAUUAUGCAGUAGCAACAUUUGCAAAAUACGUUGAAAAAUUUGAUGACGUACCUUCACAAUCCGUGAUGAAAAAGCUGUCAGAAUUCCAACUCGUACUGCUCAAGUUUGCAACUAUGAUAUGUUGGAAUGAGACAGCACAAGAUUUAUUUUCUGCUUCCAUGGCUAUUCCUUCGAGCACAACAAGCACAACUGAGGAAAUGGUUAUGUCACAAAAUGAAGAAAAUAUGGAAAAGGAUAAUAACGAACUAAAGAGAUUGCUUAGAAGAGAGAAAAUUUAUAAGGAUCAGGUCAAGUCAUUGAUUCUUACAUCUCGACACACUAGGUUCCAAGGAACUCUCUUAGAAAGAAGCUCUAAUGUCAGCAAGAUUAUUGACAAGAAUAAGAGCAUAUUAACAUUUGGUGACACCGAUGACGAGGCAGAGAAAGAAAACAAGAAGAACGACGUUAAGAUUCAAAAGACAUUUGUUGUUCCUAACGUCAGCCAACUAAAUACCGCUACCAUGUAUUCAGCGAGCGACAACCCUUUCCUUGUAGGUGGAGGCCAACAAAAAGCUGCCUCAACAAUGGGGGCAAGAUUUGGAGCAAGAAGAAUUAACGUCACAUCAGACAAGAUGGAAUUACGCUUCUCCAUAUCAACAUUGGACACGAAGAAGAUUAUCAAAACAUUUGCUGAUAAUCUGUUUAGAAGCUGCUUUAAUCAAUUUAUUGAAUUAGCGUUGAAGGCCAUUUGGAAACAGCAAGAUGAGUCCAUUGCUAUCCGUAAUGAACUAGAUCAGAAAUCAUCCAAAGAAGCUCUCGAUCAUGAGAGUGAAAGAAAUCUUCUCUAUCUCAGCCAGUUCAUGCUUUCAUUCAAUAGACAUAAAUAUCUCCAAAAGAAAAAGAGAGAAGAAGAAAAACAAUAUCCUGAUACCGUUCAUUUUGACAUUUCGCUGGUUUCCAACUUAUUGAAACAGAACAUGAUUUCAAUGGUCUUCCAAAAACUUUUAAGCGAAUACUUUUUUAUACAGCAUCAUUUCAAUUUAACAUUUGUGAUCACCUUUCUAAGAGAAUUAUUUAUGACAUUUCGAUGGAUGGGAGACAGAGAUCACAGUGGCAACAAUUCUAUCACUUGGGGAAGAAUAGUCUCUAUUCACUUGCAUCACAUCUUGUAUGAUCCAACAAAUAUGGAAGGAAUUGUUCGACUCAUCAGAGAGUACAAACCUUAUCAAAAUUCAACGAAAUACUUGUCACAACUGGUUCUCUUUGUAGACCUUUUUGUAACCGUUAUUGAAGAAAAUUUAACUAUCGAGUCGUUCUUUAUGAGAAAGAAAGGAGCAUACAAUUCCACUGAUGACAAUGAUGAUAAUCAGCAAGAGGAUGACACGACGAAUCAAAAGAGAUUUGAACUUGAGAGUUUGAGAAGAAAGUUUGCCCAUCCUUCUGUUUUGAAACAGUACAUGUAUUUAUUUAGGUUUUAUGAUGUUAAUUCUCCUGAGGUCAAUCAAUGCAUUAUUAAGACCUUUAAAUAUUUGAUAGAAGAAUUGAAUAUGGAAUUGUUGAUGUUCAGAGCUUCCUUCCUUAAACUUUGCUUUAACAUUCUUUCAAACAAGACAUUUUUAACUGAAACAUCCUCUAACUUUGAAAAGAAGGUCAAUGAGGAGGUUGUUGAUUUUGUUUUGUCCGUUGUGAAAAACUUUUUCAAGAGAGUUGAUGAAGAUCCUUUCACUAUUUGUGAAAGUUUACAUUGGAGCACCAUGGGAGAAGUGUCUCUGCUCAACAAUGCAGAUACAUAUUCAUCGAUAUCGUCUUUAAGUCGACAGUCGCGAAGGACUUCUCAUGCCGACCAAACACUUGGCGGAUUCAUCUCUCGAGAAGACGACAGCAGUGAAGAAGAAUAUCAACUCACGUCAAUCAACAAUGAGGAUGAAUCUUCUCAACAAAUUCCAAACGAAGAAGAAGAAGAAAAGAAACCAAAAAAGAAAAAGCAUUCCAAACGAAAGAAACGUGAAGAAGAAGAAGAAUCUGAACAGAACGAAGAAAAGACCAAAAAGAAGAAGAAAAAGAAGAAGAAGGCUAAACAAGAAGCAGAACCUCAAGAAGAGGAGCAAUCUGCCGAGGUGCCACAAGAAGAACCCUAUGUGGAAGAAGAAGAAAAGUUGUUACUUUCGAGUAGUGAGAGCAGCGAUGACGAGUCACGAAAGAGUCGACUCAAACGCCUCACAAAGAAGAGAGUUUCAUUUGCUCCGUCUGCUCUUGAUUCUACCAACAUCAUGGAAGAACUCUCUCUUUAG